AUGCCUGGCAAAACCGAGCCCGAGUCCCACGUCAUCAAGUUCACCAACUGCCGCAUCGUAAAGGGGGACAAGCUUAUCGAACAAGAUGUGUGGAUAGACUCAACUUCUGGAAAGAUCCUCCGCGAUCAAGAAGCCUUUUACGGACUACAUCUGUCCCCAGAUGAAGUCAUUGAUUUGGGUGGCCGUAUCCUCGCGCCAGGGCUUAUCGAUUGCCAGUUGAACGGCGCUCAAGGCUUCGACUUUUCAGUCCCCCAAGCUUCAAAGGAGGAAUACGAUGAAGGCCUCCGUUUAGUCAACAAGGGCCUCGCCAGGACAGGAGUCACCUCUUACCUUCCGACACUCGUCAGCUCAACCGCAGAAGUUUACCAAAAAGUCCUCCCUUCUCUCGGCCCCUCAGGAAGCAAACACACACCAGAGGACGGCGCCGAAUCGCUCGGCGCCCACGUCGAGGGACCCUUCCUCUGCCCAGCGCGAAAUGGAGUCCACAAGAAGGAAGUUCUCCGAUACGCAACAACCCCAGAUGACCUAGCCGCCUGCUACGGCCGCGAGAACUUCUACGGCGACACCAAGACCAUCAGACUCAUCACUGCCGCUCCGGAAGUCGGCAACAUGCUCCAGACAAUCCCCCACAUCGUCUCCCAGGGAAUCAUUUACUCAGUCGGCCACUCCGACGCAACGUACGAGCAGGCCCUCGAAGCCACUCACCAGGGCGCGACAAUGAUCACCCACCUCUUCAACGCAAUGCGCCCCUUUUACCACCGCAACCCAGGCAUCUUUGGCCUCCUCGGACAUCAGAGCAACCAUCCAAUCCGUCCUUACUACGGAAUCAUCGCUGACGGCAUCCACCUGCACCCGACAUCCAUCCGUAUCGCAUACAACGCCCACCCAGAGGGUCUCGUACUCGUCACGGACGCCAUGAAGCUCUGCGGUCUCCCCGACGGAGUCUACGAUUGGACAAACGGUGAGCGCAUCAUCAAGACCGGCGCUCGACUCACCCUCGAGGGAUCGGACAAGAUCGCCGGUAGCUCCGCGACGCUUAUUGAGUGCGUGAAUAACUUCCGUCGCUGGUCCGGGGCAUCGACGGCGCAGGCGUUGAAUGCUGCGACGGCUGUGCCUGCUCGUCUCCUUGGCUUGCAGGGCGUCAAGGGGUGCUUGGACAGCGGCGCAGACGCGGACCUUCUUGUUCUGAGCGAUGAGGAUGACCCAUACUCCGGGCGGACGUUGACUGUGAACCAAGUCUGGAAGAGAGGAUCGAAGAUUUACGAUAUGGGUAAAGAUGCUGAUUUGUAG